UCCAACCAGUUAGCGAAAAGGCCGGCGCGAAACAUUCCACCGCUCGGUCCAGCAGUCAUACAUAUUUUAUCUUGCCUGAGGCUUCUUACAAUUUUUGCAGCCGAGAUUCGUCGCUCGACCUCAGGCAAACGUCUCCCAAUUCCCAGCCAGUUCCCAGCAUCCUAGCCCUUGAUUUCGAAUAUUCCCACAAGGACUAUUGAUAGCUGCGGAGACUGUGUACACCUACUCACCACGGUCUUACCUUAGUUUCUCUCACAUCAUACAAGCGAAUAUACACACGGACCCAACAUGUCAACCCAAAGACAAGCCACCUCCGCCUCGCAAACCCCGCACAUCUCCCCCGCCGAACUCUCCUACCUCUACACCUCGCUCAGCCUCCCUCAAAGCCCCAUCCGACCCGAUGGCCGCUCCGCCACGCAGUUUCGGCCUCUGACCGCCGAAACAGAUCUGCUGCCCGGCACGAACGGGAGCGCGCGCGUCGGGUUUGCGGACGGGACUCAGGCGAUCGUCGGCGUCAAGGCCGAGGUGGAGCGGACGGUGGUGGGUGCCGCUGCUAGCUAUAAUUUGACGGAAGAAGAAAGGGAACUCGAAGGUGAGGGUUCUGGUUCUGGCUCUGCGGCCGCUGCGGCCGGCCAUGGGUCGUGGGUGCAGAUGAGCAUUGAGAUUCCUGGGUUCCGGGAUGAUGAUGCUUUACCUGUGUUCCUAGCAGAGAUGAUGCGGGAGCCCUUGGUUGAGAGUGUUUCUUCUUCGAGGGCGAAGGGGAGUGGUGAGGGGGAGAUGGAGGGGGGCUUGAAGGGGAGAUUGGUUAUCAAUCGGAGGUGGCAUUGGAGGUUGUAUAUCGAUGUAUUACUACUGUCGCAACCACUCUCCUAUCCUCUCCCGCUGUUGUCUCUGACGACACACCUGGCACUGCUUGCGACGAAACUUCCCAAGUUGAAAUCCAAGGGCGAGGAGGAUUCCUUCUUCGAUGAUGAUUGGAACGCCGCCGAGUACCUGUAUCCUAGGGCCACUGCUUCGGUUCCGAAGUUUAGCGGCAGUGGCGUGGUGCCGCCUCCGGUGCAGCAUGUCCGGCCGCCGGUGACGUUGCUGGUGAUUGCCGUGGGCGACAAUGUCAUUUUCGAUCCGAACCGCGAGGAGAUUGCCGUCGCGGAUACCGUGCUGGCGAUCUCGGUGACCCGGGAUGGCAGUGCCGACGGAGGUCUAAAGUUGUUGUCCAUCCGCACGAUUGACCCUCCCUCGCGGUUGACGCAGCCUGGGGUACCGAAUUCCGAAAAUGUGGCUACGCUGGGUGCUACGACUGGCGCUGGCAGUGAAGAGCAGCCGGCGGCGGCGGUCCUUAACCCGGCAACGGGGGAGGUGGAGGUCCCUGGGGUGUGGAGGCCUCGUCGUGGAGGAGUGAAGAGGCAGACGGUGGCUAAGAUGGUUAAGUUGGUGCUGGAAAAAGGCGGCGUCGGUGAGGAGGUCCUGGAGGGUCUGGAGAGUGUGGAGGUGGGUUGAGAGAGAAGUUUUUGGGAGUCUUGGAUGAGUUUCGUUGCCUGGGGGCAGUGGAUGUCGGUCGGAUUGAAUGGCUGUACAAUCACCCUUGAUGAUGGACAUCAUGCGGCUAUUCACAUGAGAUAGGCGCAUGUCGACCUGACAAGAGGAGCAUGAUCCUGAGCCCCUUAGUAACCCGUGUGGUGGUGUCUAGCUCCGGUGGACAGCGUGCAACUAGACGACCCAUCAUGACCAACCACCGAAGAGAAUAGAAAGCUACUACUAGUAUUGUACAU